AUGAUGGGCGAUGAAGCAGCGCCGACUGGGCCGCAGAAUAGAGAGCUCUACGCUCUGCUGAAUAUAUCACCGGAGGCCUCCGACGAAGAAAUCAGGAAAUCUUAUCGUCAAUGGGCUCAAGUGUAUCACCCAGACAAAUACCAAUCUCCUCAGAUGAAGGAGGUCGCUACAGAGAACUUCCAACGCAUAUGUGAAGCGUACGAGAUACUAUCUGAUGAGACUAAGAGGCUAAUAUAUGACUUAUACGGCAUGGAGGGAUUGACUUCAGGAUUAGAGCUAGGUCCGAGGCUGAGUAAGGCCGACGAGAUCAAAGAGGAGCUUGAGAGGAUUAAGAGGAGAAACGAAGAAGCUAAGAAGAUGGCGCAUUUUCUACCCUCUGGUUCUAUUGCCUUCGAUCUGUCAUUGCCACAUUUUCUAGACGGUGAUGGCCUCAUGAGAGGAAUGGCUAUGUCUAGUCAAGUGCAGUCUCAGUUAUCAAAAGACGAUGCUAUUGCCAUUGGCGGAAAUUUGGGAGCCAAUGAAAAGUCUGGUGGUGGAGUCGCUACCGCCAUUUUUAGACGUCAGCUUUCUCCAGUUUCAUCCAUAGAGUUUGUGGCUUCGACGGGUCUGCAGUCGCUUAUUGGAAUGCAGACUACACGUCAGUUGUCCAUACACUCAACUGCCACUAUCAACAUUGCAAAGUCUUUGAGUGAUGGUUCCAUUAAUCUUACCAACACUUGGACUCGACAGCUUUCGGAAACUUCAAGCGGAAAUAUUCAACUGGCACUGGGUAUGCGCUCAGGUAUUACAGUCGGAUGGAAAAAGAGAGACGAUAAUGUAUCUGCUGCUGGUGACCUGAAGAUUGAGACCGGUGGACUCGAAGCGUCAGCGCGUUAUACUCGUAAACUCUCAUCGAAGUCUCACGGUCGUGUUGUAGGUAGAAUUGGAAGCAAUGCUCUUGAGAUUGAGGUGGGUGGCGGAAGGAAGAUUUCAGAGUUCAGUACCGUAAGAGCGAUGUAUACAGUUGGAAUCAAGGGUGUUUUUUGGAAACUUGAGCUACAUCGUGGUGGCCAAAAACUGAUUGUUCCCAUUCUGCUCACGUCGUAUUUAGGUCCAGUUUUUGCAACUGGAGCAUUCAUUGUUCCAACAUCCUGUUACUUUUUAUUAAAGAAAUAUGUGGUGAAGCCGUAUUUGCGUAAAAGAGAAAAACAGAAGGCAUUGGAGAAUAUGGAGAACACUUAUGGCAAGGUUCGGGACGCAAGGGCAGCGGCUGAGAAAGCCCAGCAACUGCUACAAACCGUAGCUACAAGGAAGAGAAACCGACAAGUGGAAACAAAUGGGCUUAUAGUCACAAAGGCGUUGUAUGGUGACCCAAAAGCAAUAGAGAGAAGACAUGAACUCGAGCUAGAAGAAGUUGAUUCAGGAGUGAUUGACGUGACAGUGCCCAUGAACUUCCUUGUGAGUGACUCAGGGCAGCUCAAGCUCCACGAGGGAGUGAAGAAAUCAGGGAUCAUGGGCUUUUGUGAUCCAUGUCCAGGCCAAACUAAGCAGCUAUACAUUGCCUACACUUACCGUUCUCAUACAUUUGAGGCAAGUGUUGGUGACUUUGAAGAGCUGAUGAUACCACAAGAAGGCCAGUGA